AUAAACAAACCCCAAUUUGAACCUUGGCACCGCCGGAGCUGGACGUCUUCAGCACUCAAGUUGCUUUUUAUAUUUAAUUUACUUCAAGAUGAGAGGAUAUUAAGAAUUCUACUCCCCCCCCCUUCCCUGAGUACUGCGAGGAGCACCGCAAUUAUUACUAAAAAUUCGGCGGUAGCAUUCACAUGGAUUACAAAAGGAUUAACGUCUGUGAUUUGCUGCUCAAAGAAUAUAUUAGAAAAAUAGACGUCAAAAAUCUACGUAAAGCCUUAAAUGGUGAAUCGAGUGUGGAUUCAUUUAUUACUAAGGAUGGUUCAACGGCACUUCAUCUUGCAUCCUCAUUAUUUGAUGAGGCUGACUGCUUAACAGUAGCAGAAGUUCUUCUUAGUCUUGGUGCUAACCCCAAUAUACCAAACAGAGAAGGGAAAACAAGUUUACACAUUGCCGCAUCAAUGGGCUACAGUCGCCUACUGGAUCUGCUACUUGUGAAUGGUGGUGACCCCAUUUUGUGUGACAUGAAGGGAGAGUCUCCUGUGGAUAGUGCCCACCACUACCAUCACCUGCAAGUUGUUACCCAACUUAAUAAAUUCCUCAACACUGAGAAUUAUGGUGCAGCAAAGGAAAAGGCACUAAAGUACAUAUUAUAUUUCUUACGACAAGAUGUUGUUGAACUGAUAAGUGCCUCGCCAACUGGGGAUUCAGAAUCUGAUACCUUCUUCUCCUGUGAUUCCACCUACCAGCAUAUGGAAGAACAUGGAUACAUCCCAUCAUCACCAGGCAAAGUAUAUUCAAAGGCUAUGAACAACCGCAUCUUCCCUAAUGAUGAGUCAUUUUUUCAGGAAUCUGUCAUUACUAAGUGUCAUAAAAAGAGUCAGUUAACCGAGAGAGACAAAGUUUCUGGUAUCCAGCAUGUGAAAUUCAAUAAUAAUUUCAAUCUUCCUUGGAUGAACAACCAAACAUUUCUCUCUCGCUUAAAGCAAGAAGUUGAGAUGCAUCGUACAGGCAGCGACAGUGACAGUGACAAUGACUUGAUGUCAUUAUGUAGAUGUCUUGGGAACAAAUUAAAGCAUAGUAAUGUAACUAAUUUUAACUCCUCAGAAGAGGAGUUAGAGUCUUUAAAUGAUUCUCCAAAUGAAUUUGAUAUUGCCCAUUUGAAUAUUGAUUUAACUUUUGAUACUGUUGAUGUUGGAGAUCCAUAUUUUAAUGGGACUUACAUGCCAUUAAUCAAGACAGAUCUAUUCUUUUCUGAUGGGCAAACAAUAUCAAAUUCACUUCUAGACAAAACAGGAGAAACUGUAAUACAUAAUAACGAAUUUGAUUACAUAUCAACUAAUAUAGUAUUGCAACCAACCAAGAAUACGUUUAGAGACCAAGACAAAAUCAGUUGCAAAGUGACAAGUAAUCUUCUCGCCAAAACACAAGGAGAUAAAAUGGAAUUUUACAAGGAAAAAUAUUCUGAUGUGACAGCGCCUAUAGACAGCAUUAAACCAGAGACCUCUACCACAGUGAACCUUAUUAAAGCACCCCAUAAAAAAACACAGUACAUCUCAAGAACUAAUAAACAUUGUUUAUCGUGCAAACAAAAUUUUCCCAAACAGUUUGAGGAAUUUAAUGAGAAUAGAUACUCACUUGAUGAAAGUGCUGUAGCUGGUAAAUUGGUUGAUGUUAAAUUAUCCCCAAAACACCAGGCGUUUGUGCAGAUCACACCACAAUUAUCACUAAAGUCUUCAGCCACUAAGAUUACAGAAUCUAUCUCCAGUUCGUGUCAGUCUUUUGUAAGUGUUGUUGAAGAAUUUCUGUACGAGGACUCUGAGGCUGGAAUUAAACUCAUUGAGCGACGUUGUCCAACACCAGCUUUUGUAUCCAGCAUAUGCAGCGGAAUGAGCAAGCCAUUGACAAUUACCAGCCACACAACAACCCAGAAAUUGCCUGCCAUGUGUGCACUCAGUGAUCAAAGUGUAGAUUCUGUUGGCACAUUGACUGGGAGUGUGAAAGCGAUGAAUGCUGAUGAGCUGCGUGCAUGCCUCACUAAGAUGGGGUUUGUGCCAGGUCCCAUUGUUCCCACCACCCACAAGAUCUACCAGAGACAUCUGCUCAGACUCAGGAAGAACCCACAUCUCGUGCAGAAGGAUAAAUCCAAAUCAAUUCCAAAGUAUUCCCGUGAGCUACAAGCAGCACUGGACGAUCCCCUCUCAGUAAACUGGGAAUCUUGGUCAUCACUGGAGAAGGUUAUGAGUGCUCCAUUCUGCCAACCUGACCCCACACGACACUGGAGAGAUGGCACAAACAAAACUUGUUUCAACUAUUUGCUGCUUGACCCUAGGAUUACCCAGGACCUGCCAUUCAGAGCACCGGUUUUGGAUGAAGUAGAGAAGCUGCGUUGUUUCAUUUCAGCCAUAUUUUACAUAGGAAAAGGGUCAAGAUGUCGGCCAUACUAUCACCUUUAUGAAGCUAUCAAGAAGCAAAAUAAUGGCAAUAAGAAAUGUGAGAAGAUUAAGAGGAUUCAUGAUAUCUGGUCAGACGGUGUUGGCGUGGUGUCGCUGCACGUGUUUCAGAACACUAUCCCUGUGGAGGCAUGGACAAGGGAGGCUGCCAUGAUUUCUGCAAUAGGACUGGGAAACUUGUGCAACAACAUCCAGGGAACAUUUUAUGGUUUGCCAAGCACGUGGCACUGGGCUGAAAGGCGCCGGCUAGGAACUCAUCUUCUUCAUAGAACACUCAACAUCUUUUUGCAGGAGGGAGAACGGCAACUGAGGCCUUCAGAUGUUACUCUCCCAGCUUGGAUGAAAUGAUACUUGGACUGUACGGUAUAACUUCUCCCUAUGUAUGAUGUUCAGAUUUGUGAUUCACCGUAUCUCAAAUUUGGACAACAUAUAUAGGGAGAGAGUAGAUUUAGGAUCAUAACAUUGAAUAUUCAUGAAAAAACUAUUGUACAAUAUUAAUAUUUAUUGAAAUUAUUAACUAUUAUUAGUACAGUAUAUUUUAUAAAUAAAUUUAUAGAAACAAAUUGGUACCCUUAGAUCACCAUGACUAAAUGAUCUUCCAUGGCUGUACAGUAGAAUUAUAUUUGACUUCAGAUUAUUUACACAGAUUUUAAUAUACCAGGAACAAAUUACCAUUGCCGUUUUGCUGCAUCGGACAAAUGUAUAAUAUAUCACAACACAUGUCUGCAACUAAAUUAAAGGGCAGAAGCAUGACCCCAUGUCACGACAAUGGUGUGUAAGAUUUUAUUGGAUUUUUACAAUUCUAGUUUUUAUAUAAUUAUUUUCCUUUUAGUGCAAUACCUGUAUUUCAUAUAACUGUGGAAUUCAGAUGUAUUUGACUUUGAAAUAUAAUUAUCUAGCGCACUUUUAUAUUGAAUAAUAAACAUGGUGAAAAUUUAUUUAUUUAUAUAAAUUUAAGUAUAUUUGUAUAAAACUGACUUUAAUAUAUUUCUUUAGCUUUUAUUUUAAAAAUAAUUUAGUUAAAAUUCUGAAGGUACUGGUAUAACAAUUUAAUUAACUUCAAAGUAUAUGUUUUCCAAACGAAAUUGAUAGCAUAAAUAAGUUUUUCAAGUUGUGAGGUAGAGGAGUGCACAGUGAGCUGGGUAAUGGCACGGUGACCAGAGUACAGGUACCGGAUGUACUCCCACUUGCUCUUGCAGUAACUCACAUCUCGGCCAAUAUGUACUCUACGUAUCUUAAACAAUUUUAAAAUUUGAAUUAGGAAAUUUUACUACAUCUUUGUCAUGUUUCCAUUAUUUUAUAUGUAAACAUUUUAUGGCACCAUUUUUUAGAGAUUUGAUUAGGGUUCAAUAAAUAUUGUUUUAAUUAUGAAAACCAUUAAGCCUUUUGUAAUGUUUGUCAGUCAUGUUGCAGUUUGAAUCUUGUUCAGAUUUUUUGUUAAUUAUUUGGAUUUAACACGCGACCUUUACAGCAAUAGUGAUUUGGAACUCCUAUGAAAAAAAACUAAAUUUAUCAUAUGUUGUUUAUAAAAUGUAAACUUUUCUAAAAUAUUAAUAUAUUCACUAUUUAUAAUUUUAAAACUGAAUAUACACAUUUUAUUAUCCAAAAUAUAAUUUGAUUUUGCUAAUUUAUCAUAAAUAUUAAGAUUUGUAAUUUACCUUAAAUG